ACGACACCAUUUUCAUGGCUGACGGUAGCUUUUCCUAGCACAUAUUUUGCCGAUUUGUUGGCUAGAUCAGGACUUUUGUACAAAUUAAGACAGGUAAACCUUAGAAGAUGGUGCGUCCAGUGAAAAGGCGCAAUUCCUCUGUGUCCUACACAAAAUACCUCAUUGAAGCCAUCAGAUAUAUCAGGUACCAGAAACAAAUUCCAAACAUAGAGAGAAUAUCUCGUUACAUGAACCGAGAGUAUGGCCUGGCCGAGUCCUUUACAGAGAAACAUCUACACUAUGCCGUCAAAGACAACAUCAUCCACUCCUACAUGGCAGUGGGUAAGAAGGGCAGCAUGACAGGGGUGGAGCAGGAGGGGUUCAAAAUUCCAGAGGAUGAGGAGGAAACCAGAGGAGACCAUGACUGGUAUUGUUUUGAGUGUCAUACUGCGGGGGACGUUCUGCCCUGCUCUGACUGUUGGAGGGUGUUCCACCCCAGUUGUACCCUGGAGGAGUGGACGGGACCCAAAUUUACCUGUAGUAUUUGUAAGGCAGCCAAACAGAAGAAGAAAAUCAAGAGGAGAAUGUUAAAUACAUUGUUAGGGUACACAAUACAGAGAAUGAAAGAAAAGACCAAAGAACUUCACAAGAUAGGUCACAGAGAACAGGAGAAGAAGUUUGAAAACUUUUUUGUGUAUAAGACGAUGGAUCUCAACCACAUAGAGAUGAGGGUAGACCACCAAAAAUACAAGACGGCAGAGGAAUUCUUAGCAGACAUUCAACUCAUCUACCACAAUGUGUACCUUAUCUAUGGAGAGGAAAAGAAAGGAAUGGUGGAACUUGCCCACAUUCUGGUCAAAGAUUGUAAAUAUGAUAUAGACGAAAUGAGGCAGUGUCAGAAUUGUUAUUAUAUGUCCAAUGCUAAACCUAAAGACUGGUUCUGUCAACCUUGUAAUCCUCCUCAUGAACUUGUGUAUGCUAAGUUAAAGGGUUACUGUCACUGGCCAGCCAAAGUCAUACGGCAUGUAGCAGAUAAAUAUGACUGCAGGUUUUUUGGUGCCCCACAUCAAAGAGCCUUGAUACCAAAGGAUAUGAUAAAACCAAUUGAAACCAACAUUAAAACCUUGACUGUGAAAAGAUCUGCAGGUUUUGUGAAAGCCUGCGAAGAGCUAGCUAGACAUCAGAGGUUAUUAGCUGAGAAACAGUUCACAGCAGAUAAUUCAGACUCCGAGAGUCUGGAAGAAAGUGACAAUGGACCAGAGAGAAUGGAGGAAGAGGAAGAAGAGGCAGAGGAAACUAGUCUACUGGAGGUCAGCUCCACCAGUGUCAGUCCAAUGAAGAAGCGGAUCUGUCUUAAGGCUCCAACUCCAGAGGACAGUAAUUUAGUGACCUCUAGUGAGGAUAAAGUACCUAAAGUGAUCACACUGAAUGCUUCCAGUCAAACCGUUACCAAGCUAACCAAAAGCCAGAGUAUUCAGACCGAGCAAGAACCAAAACCAGAUUCAACUGAUUCUAAACCAGAACCAGCCCUACCAAUGCAAUGCAGCCCUGAUGCCUCAGAUGCCAAGAGUGGUGAUGAGGAAGCCCCUGUGCUGACCCCCAAUAUUGAGGCCAGCGAGGAGAAACCAUCAGAAACCACAUGUAAUUGUAGUGAAAAGUAUGAGAAGGUCAUCAGUGAUUUAAAGGCCAAACUAGAGAAAACCCAUCAGGAUGAUAAAGAGAAGGCUCUAGAAGAGCUCUCAGAUAGGCUUCAAAAAGACUUUGAGGAGGACAAACAGCAAGCCGUGUCUCGAGCUAUGGCGAACAUGAAUCGUGAAAUUGAACGUACUAAACAGGCCACAGAGGAGAAAUGCAAGAAAGAAUAUAUGGAGGAAAUGAAAAAACUGGCAGCUAAACAUAAAGAUGCAAUAUCUGCUACCAAGAAAAAGCAGUGGUGUUACAAUUGUGAAGAAGAGGCCAUGUACCAUUGUUGUUGGAACACUUCUUACUGUUCUGUAAAAUGUCAGCAGGAACACUGGCACAAAGAACACAAACGGGUGUGUCGACGGAAACGGUAGCCAUUUAAUUCAGGAAACAUUCAUCUACUACAGAAGAAAAUCUGACAUUAUGACAAUUAAGCACAGUGUAUGUGCUUUACAGUGUGUUGAUUCAGUGUGAAACCAGUACAUGGAGGAUCUAAAUUUGAAAACUAGAAAAAACCAUGUGGAAAUUGUUGCAGCAGACUUGAUUCAGUUCACCAAUAAAUAUAUGAAACUGUCGACCAUUUAAAUGACAUUGCAUUGUUGUAUUUUUUUAUGUUGAUGACAAGGUUUCCAAGAUGAGAAUUUUCUACUGAAAAAUUUUAUCAUGCUUUAUAUGUGAAAUAUAAACUUUAGGAAAAAAAUUUACAUUUGGUUACAUUGAAUUUGAAAUUAUGUAACCCUGAAGAUAAUUGUGCUCAUCAAAUUAUUUUUUUUGUUAAGAAUAAUUUUGUAAGCCUUCACUACUGCAAAGGAAAAAUAGUAAUGGAGCUGAAAAUAAUCCUUUUGCAAUCAGUGAAGGAUAUGUUUAUGUACAGUACUUUAAAUCAUAAAGGCCAUAUGUACAAUAUAUUUGUUCUAUAAACAAGUUUCCAUUGCAAACCAUAAAUAUUACACACAAAUCAUUAUAGUGGUGAAAUUUUAGCCCAGGGAAUUUAAACCCCUUUGCAUUAUUUAUAUAUAGUGUAAUUUAUACAUGUGCAUAACAAGCAAAUACUUUUAUUUUACCCUUUUUUUACGUAUUCCAAGGAUUGUGAAUUAUUAGGUACAUUUAUAUAUAUAUAUUAUAAUAACUUUUUCUUUUUUCUGAUUGCAAGUAGAAUUGUGAAGUUUUAAAAAUUUGUGUGACUGUGUGAAAUGAUGGACUGGUAGAUUUUCACUUUGAAAAGAAUUUAAUGAAAGAGAGAAUGCUAUUAAUACUUACCAUGAAAAGGCAGUUAUAUAAUGAAACUCUAAUACAUUGGUCUGUCUGGACAAUUCAACAGUGUUGGCAAUAUUGAGUGGCGUCAGUUACACACUUUUGACACCCCUUUCAUUCACAGAUUAUAUAUUGCCUUAUAGUCUAACUUUUCUUGUCAAAAAAAUCAGGUGAGGAUAUUUUGAUUUCCCUAUAUACAUGUAUCAUUUUUAUAUGAUAGUUAUACUAGUUUGAACAGUUUUAGAUGAAAUAUUGUAAGUUUUCUUUUUGCUGUAUCAAGACAAUUUUUUUUUCUUUUUAUUCAAUCAUGAUCAUCUCUGUUCCCUUUCAAGACUGUUAAGACAAGGCAAUACAUAAAUGUAGUUGAUAGUGGAAUCAGAUGGUUUUCUGCAUGAAUCCAUUGCACCACAUGGUAUAUAAUUACUAUAUGUCUAUUGAAUAAAAUAUGGUUUAUGUUUAUAAAUAGGUGGUAGUGCCAUACAUGGAAUGUAAAGAUGAAAAAUUUCUGACAGCUCUUGAAUGAUUGCAAACUGCUUAAAAUGAUUUCUGAAAAAUGUUGAUGGCUGUUGAAAUUUUGAUUUCUGUAUUGUAUUAAAACAAUAGUAGAAACAUUUUGGCAGACUAUUUUUCCUAUUUGUAUUUUUAGCCUUAUAUAAAAACAAUCUUGCUACAAAACUGUAUCUUAAAGGUUUAUCUUUAUAAUUUGCAAUUCAUAAAAAGGAUAUUUCAAAAAGUUUGAAAAAUUACUAAAAUUUAUGUAUUGUGUCUCUCUGUAAAAAAUGAACACUUGAAAUUAAGUGAAAUGUUAAUUUUGAGGAUCGUAAUGAUAUAUGUUCAAUAAGCAACCAUUUUAAUUUAGAAAUCCAAAAAGCAUCUAGUGUAAUAAAUUAUACAAAGAUUGAUGUACACAUUAAAUGCUAAUUAUACAUUGGCAUGAUUUUUAUUUUUACUAUUAUAUAAUUGCUGUAUCAGUGCUUUGUGUAUGAAUAUAAACUUUAAAUUUCAUGUUUUGAUUGAAAUAAUACCAUACUUAGGUCUAUUUUCAUACAUAUAUGUAGUGCUACAUAAUGCUAGAAGAUAUUAUUUAAGGGGGAAACACCCAGAAUGAUUGCAGUGACCCUUCAUGUAAGUGAGGUUAAUCACUGUCUAAUAUUUCACUAAAAUCUCUCAUCAGUAGAUUUCCACACUGUUAAUGUUCUCUUUCUUUCAUUUACUUGUUUGUCAAGUUAAAAAUCAAAAAUUCAUUAUCCACUGAAUAUUAAAGUUUGGUAUUUUGAAAGCUCUCAUUUCAAAUAGAAAUAUGUUGAAGUGAGUCUGUAGUCCCAACUAAGGCUGAAUGUGAACUCUGAACAUAUAUAUCUUGAACACUUUUCUCGAUUACUCUGCAUUCAAGACACUUUUAAAAGUUCUUUGAGUAUAGAAAUUCUUGCAUUAAAAUACAGUUGACAUUUUGUAAUUUGAACGUCAAUAUCUCAAAUGCCGUAAAUAUGAGUGUGAAGUCCCAACUGAUUUUGAUGUGUUUUUAAUCUCAAUUUCUAUAAUCCUCUGAUAUCCCAAAGUUUUUCUUUGUCCGUCAUGUUUGAGAUAACAAGGUUUGACCGUACUUACAUUAUGUAUGACUUGAUUGAAUUUGUUGAUAGUCAGCUUAAUAGAAAUUUUUUUUUAAAGGAAAACAACUAAAACACCACAAAAGAACAGCAUGUACACUACCUUCAUUACUUGUAGUAUUUUUAUGAGGACUUAAUUAAUUCACAUGGAUUUGUAACCAUCUUGAUUUAUUAAGCCAGCAGGGAUAAUUGUGACUAAUGCAAAAAGAAAACUCCGCAAAGGGGCCAGUUCUCAGUGUUCUUCAGAGGAUAGUUGUAAAGAAAUACUGUCUCAUGUGGUGUCUAUUUCUUUUUAAUUAACUCAUCCUUAAUAUGCUUAAUCAGAUAUUUAUAGCUUAAUUAAAUUUUCUUUUCAAGUAGAGUAGUGAACUGUUUAUCAUCAUUGUUCUUCAUUUUCUUAUGAUAUACCAAUGAUUCUAAAAGGUAGAAUAAGUUUAUUUGCUUUUUAUUGCUUAUCUUCACUAAUAAAUAAACUCCUUCAUUAUAUAACCAAUGUCUAGAAGUACCCUUCACUUUUUGUUUUAAAUCUGAAAAGGCAGAGCUUAAAUGGUGCAAAUUUAACUAGUCAACUUCAUCCUAUCAUCUAAAUGUUUUGUGUUCCGAUAUAACAGCUUAUUUUUAAAAAAAAAACAGUUGUGUGUUGACAACAUUAAAAUAUACAUUAGAUAAUGGUAUUUACAUAUUGUUUUUGUAGAAAUAAAAAUAAAAACCAAAGUACUGUAAUGAUUUUUUAGUUAUGAUGGUGUAUACUUGAAUUUAUUAUCAAGAAUCCAUUUUAUUGGUUUUGAUAAAUGAAAAAUUCCACACAAUUUACAAUUUCAUUAACUAGAAUAGUUUUUAUAGCCUUCACAGUCAUGAACUAGAAUAGUUUUAUACUUCACAGUCUUAAGGCAUGAUGUGCAAAAUUGUAUAUCAACAACUUUGGCAUAGUUUCAUUUCUUUCUGUUCCUUUUCCUGAAUCAGAAUGUAAAUUUUCAAUCUAAAGGGGGUUAGCAUUUUUUCCAAUACUGAAAUUAAUUACAGGAAUGGCAAGAAACUCUCUUAUACUUGAAUUAUUAUUUUAUCAUUUAUGUUAGUAAAUAUUCCAUCAAACAGAACAUAAGAUGCUCUGAACAGUUAUCUAAACCACUUUCAAUAAUCAUAUACCACAAAAUUAAUCUCAUGUACAUAUAAUGUGUGAUUAAUAAAGAUGUCAUCUUUACAUCCACAUCCAAGAUCAGUGGGCUUAUUCUUCUGAUUAGUUUGGUUAUUUGUGAUAAUCAUUUAGCCAUAGAGAAAACAUCUUCUAAGGCCAAGCUAAGGCUAUAUUUAGGUGUUCGUGGUCAAAUAGAAGUUUCUCACAUUCUAAUGAUUUCUUACCACUGAAGACAUGUUGUUUCGCUAAUUCCCAUAGGUUUUCUCAAAUAUAUUGUUAAUUAAUAAUAGGGGUUUUUAAUCACUUAAAGUAGAAGUAGUUAAACUCUAGUCUGGAUUCCCAGGGUCGUCCAACUUUUCAGAAUAAUCAGAUUUUACACUGUGCAUUUGUUAAUUAUUUGAUUUGAUCUGUUGGAAUAUCCAUCCAAGUGGGUUUUUUUUCUCUUGAUAAUAGUAUGUCUAUUUCAUUAAUUGUGUGAAAAGUACUUUCAAUUUUGUUAAUGUAAACUACAAAACAUGUUUAUAAUUACAUUUUUAUUGUCUCACUAUGUUGAAUGAUUACUGAGUAUAUAAUUAUGUACUUACAUGUAUUAUGAUAAACCGUUAUAUGAAAUUGUGAAAAAAACAGAUUAAAUAUUUAAUGUAUAAAAAAUAAA